AUGUCUUCUGAAUCUUAUGGCUCUCCUCCCCGUCGCCCUAGUGCCAAGGCUUUGGGCAAGCGUCGCGCUGAUGUACAGGAUGAUGUUGAAGAGCAGGCUGCUGAGGAGCAGGCUGCUGAGGAGCAGAACACUGAGGAGCAGAACACUGAGGAGCAGAACACUGAGGAGCAGAACACUGAGGAGCAGAACACUGAGGAGCAGCAUGGUGAGCAGGGUGAGGAGGAGAACAUUGAUGAGUCGCAGCUUGAGCUUGAAGGUCUCCCGGCUCGCGCCCCUGCCCCUGGCCUGGCCACGACUGCGAAGUUCCAGGCUCCCGCUCAUCCUGAGCACCUUUCGCCUUUCGAGAAGGUCAUGUUGAAUAAUCAACGCCUCAUCCUCGAAGUGAUCUCUGGCAUCAGCGCCAAGGUUGAUUAUCUGAUGACCACGUCCACCGGACUGACCAUCGUGGUGUUCGACAGUACUAGGGGACGUACUCCCAGAAGCUCACUCGGCAGCGCCAGAGGCCGCCCCUCGUCAACCUCUGCCGCCAGGGCUACUGCCACCAACGCCGCCAUCGUGGCUGAACUCGACAACAUCGUCGAGAACCAGUACGCCGAGGUUCUCCGCCCCGUCCUUGCCGCCCACACCAAUGCCAAGGGCAAGAACUUUGUGAUGGGUUCCGGUGUCAACCAGAUCAAUGCUUCGAAUGCCUACUUCAACCGUCUCCGCGACACUCUUGGCGAGGCCUCGGAGGAAUGGACUUCAUUCGGGUCUAUGUCUGAGGAUACUCGUAUGACCCUGUUCUUCAAGGUGUGCAAGAAGUGGAGGGAGGCCAACAAGGCUGCUAGCGCUGCCGGCGCCGCUAGCGCUUCUGGUACUGCUGGAGGUGCUGAGGGUGAGGAGGGCGGUGAAGGUAACGAAGGGGCUACUGAAUCAGCCCGCGUUCCCUCCUCGGACAAUGCGACUGCCGCCAGCAGCCGUCCUCGUAGACAUACGACCAUUGUCCCCCCUACUGGUCAGCAGGAUGACGACGAUCAGUCUAGUCCUACUGCCGCCGCUCCCACCCGCACUACUACUGGACGUGGUGGACGUGGACGUGGCCGUGGCCGUGGCCGUGGUGGCGCUGGUGGUGGUGCCAGCUCCGCUGCCACCCGCUACAUGUUUUUGGACGGUGCCUUCGACGAUGACUUCACAUUCGAGGCCAGGCAGGAGUUUGACGAGGAUUAUGGCUUCGAUGUCAAGCAUGAGCAUGAUGACGACGAGGGUAAGUACGACUUGACCGAUGCUGAGGUCGACUUCAAGGAGGAGUUUGACGAGGUCAAGCACAACCUGGCUUUCAAGUAG